UCACCAUCACAUCUCAAACCAACUGAGUUUUUUCUCAUUCAAGACAGUGUUAAGGUCAAAUGGGUGAUAUUGAGGGAUCUCCGGGAAGCUCCAUGCAUGGAGUGACAGGGAGGGAACAAACCUUCAUUGCCUCAGUGGCUUCCCCUAUGGUCCCAACUGACACAACGGCAAAUUUUGCUUUGCCAGUUGAUUCUGAGCACAAAGCCAAGGUUUUUAAACUGUUUUCCCUGGCCAAUCCCCAUAUGAGAACCUUCCACCUCUCUUGGAUAUCCUUCUUCACAUGCUUUGUCUCAACCUUUGCAGCAGCCCCUCUUGUCCCCAUCAUUCGAGACAACCUCAACCUCACCAAGAGUGACAUUGGGAAUGCCGGGGUUGCUUCUGUCUCGGGCAGCAUCUUCUCCAGGCUCACAAUGGGUGCAGUUUGUGACCUCUUGGGCCCUCGUUAUGGCUGUGCAUUCCUCAUCAUGCUUUCUGCCCCAACUGUCUUCUGCAUGUCGUUUGUGGAUGACGCUGCAGGAUAUAUAGCAGUGAGGUUCAUGAUUGGGUUCUCCUUGGCCACUUUUGUGUCAUGUCAGUACUGGAUGAGUACCAUGUUCAACAGUAAGAUUAUUGGGCUUGUGAAUGGGACUGCUGCAGGGUGGGGAAACAUGGGUGGCGGAGCCACUCAGCUCAUAAUGCCCUUGGUCUACGAAUUGAUCAGAAGAGCUGGAGCUUCUCCCUUCACUGCCUGGAGAAUUGCCUUCUUCGUUCCAGGUUGGUUGCAUGUCAUCAUGGGGAUCUUGGUCCUAACCCUAGGCCAAGAUUUGCCUGAUGGCAACCUUGGUACCUUGCAGAAGAAGGGUAAUGUUGCCAAAGACAAAUUCUCCAAGGUGUUAUGGUAUGCCAUAACAAAUUACAGGACAUGGAUUUUUGCCCUCCUCUAUGGGUACUCUAUGGGAGUUGAAUUAACCACUGAUAAUGUUAUUGCUGAGUAUUUCUAUGACAGGUUUAAUCUGAAGCUACACACUGCUGGAAUCAUCGCUGCUUCAUUUGGAAUGGCAAAUCUCCUGGCUCGUCCCUUUGGUGGAUACACUUCUGAUGUUGCAGCCAGGUUGUUCGGCAUGAGGGGCAGGCUUUGGACCCUGUGGAUCCUCCAAACCUUAGGAGGUGUUUUCUGCAUAUGGCUUGGUCGUGCCAACUCACUUCCCAUUGCAGUCUUGGCUAUGAUCCUCUUCUCUAUUGGCGCUCAAGCUGCAUGUGGUGCCACUUUUGGCAUCAUUCCUUUCAUCUCAAGGCGUUCUCUGGGGAUCAUAUCCGGUCUAACUGGUGCAGGUGGCAACUUUGGCUCUGGUUUGACCCAGUUGAUCUUCUUUUCAACCUCAAGGUUUUCUACAUCCACUGGUCUCUCCUUGAUGGGUGUCAUGAUUGUGUGUUGCACUCUUCCUGUGACUCUUGUUCACUUCCCCCAGUGGGGUGGCAUGUUCCUCCCUCCUUCAAAAGACAUCAAUAAGUCCACUGAAGAAUAUUAUUACACUUCUGAAUGGAAUGAGGAAGAGAAGCAAAAGGGUUUACAUCAGAAUAGUCUGAAAUUUGCUGAGAAUAGCCGUUCAGAAAGAGGUAAGCGUGUGGCCUCAGCCCUCACACCACCAAACACAACUCCAACCCAUAUCUAGCUUCUCCACUUUCCACACAUUCACACCUUUGUCGCAUUUAUAACCCUUGGACGAAGAUCAAACGAACAAAACUUGGUUUAGAUAAAAUAUGAGUCAUCUGAUCCAAGUCAAACGGUUAUUGUUUGAUGCGUGAAUGUGCUGAAAAGUGAAUGCAGGUAAUCUGGAUCCCAUGUUUUAAGGCUGUAAGGUAUAACUACUGCAGUAGAAAAUGUCAAGAACAACCUUAAGGGAAUCUCAUGUUGAAUAAGUAGUUUUCUUUUUAAAAAAAUGCUGAAACAGUAAAAUGAUUCUUGCGCUUUA